AUGCAGCGGUUGGUCGACCCAGUGGGCGAGCAGGAGCAUGAGUUGCAGUUGAUCCAUGACAGCUUGGUGCGAGUGAUGGACCGAGCACGCACCAUAGCCACGCCCACCCACGUUGGAAGCCAUGCAUUGUUCGAGGUACAGCGAAAAGAGGUGGACAAGAAGCCACGGCGACCGUUCGACAACCGGGUCGAGGACGAUACGUGGACGCGUUACACGGCCGUGUGGACCAAGUUGGUGUGUUACAUAUACCGUGCCGAGAAAAUGCCAGAUGCAGAUAGGCCCAAGUUUCGGUUAUCCAAGCGGCAAGGCGAUUUCAUGGAUGAUUUGGCGGAUUUAGUCGAGGCGCACGUUAACGAUCCGGAGGCACAGCCAUUGGACGAGGACCGAGUGGACGGGUUGACAUUGCAGGUCGUCAUAGCGUUGUUGGACCACCGUUUGACCGCGGGGGAGUACCGCAGCGCCAUCAUCAGCGGUUUAGCCGUGAUGGGUAUCCGAAAGGACGGCGGUUGGAUGGAUGUGUUGGAUUAUACGCCCAUAUAUUCCGCCGUCAUCAAGGUCGCCCGUGCCAUGGUCGUGUACCAGUCAUACCAGGAGAGGCAGGCCGAGGUGAUGCGUUUGAAGCAGGAUAAGAUGGACGAGUGGAUGGUGCGGCGGCGGCAGGAGGGAAAUCAGACGUGGGAAGAGCAGCAUGCCCGAAAGGAGGCGGAAGAUGAGGCGGAAGAGGAGGCAGAAGAGGAGGCCACCAGCAUAUUCCGCAUCGUGCGUGGGAAAGUGCAGCGGUUCAUGACGGUCACGCCCAAGGAUCCCCACGCCGAGGCAACGCCGAUGGAUUGGAUUUACGAAGCACGCACGUACGGGAUGCACAUCCGGUUCAACACGCCGGCCGGCGGGACCAUCGAUUGGGUUGGGGACCGCAUCAAGCACCGGCGGGUGCAGUUCCGCAUGGGCGAGUUGACAGAGAUGUUGCAUGCGUUGAAGAGGGAAGCCCGAGAGUUGUUGGCGACGUUGACGAUGGUGGACGACAUCAGCCAGUUGCCGCGGAUCCCGUGGUCGUCGAUGGAAGACGACCAUAGCGAAGACAAGAUCAUCAAGACGCAAGGGCGGCGUAAGAGUUGGUUCGACCACGGAAGGGAGGACGGGAAGCCGUUCCAGGCCAGAGCGGUGCAGUCAUAUGGGAAGACAUUCGACGAGUUCAUGGAAAAGAUGUUUUUAUUGAUGCAUAUGGUAGGUGGCCAGCCGGCGCGAUCCACCGAGAUUUUAGGCAUUCGAUAUAAGAAUACCAUGAACGGCGGCGUACGCAACAUAUUCGCGCACGACGGGUUGAUGUGUUUCGUCACGUCGUACCACAAGUCGUUCCGGGCCACGGGGCAGGCCAAGGUCAUCCACCGAUAUUUGCCACGCGAGGUGGGCGAGUUAUUGGUGUGGUAUUUGUGGUUAGUGUUGCCGUGGUGGCAGCAGGUACAGGGCGUCGUCAAAGAUGCCGGCAUACGCAGCCCAUAUUUAUGGCCAGACGAGGUGGUUCGCAGGGACGAAGUCAGCGAGACGGAGCAGAGGGAGAGGAGACAGGCCGAAAUGGAGAGCCAGGGCAGCCAGGAUGGCAUUGGCGGCGGCGGCGAUGAUCGUGGUGAUGAGGAUGGUACCGAUGAGCCCGGUUCCAGUGCGAGGUUCGACAGUUGGGUACAGGAGCGCAAUUGGACGCCAGACCGCGUCCGCCGCAUCAUCCAACGAGACAGCAAACGAUUAUUGGGCACCAUAUUGAACAUUAGUUCGUGGCGGCAGAUUGCCAUCGCCAUAUCCCGUCGAUAUUUGGACAAGGCAUUCAAGGAGUCAACGAUAGAUGGGGUCGAAGAAGACGACGACGGUGUGGACGAUAACCCGAUCGAUUUACAAGCCGGCCAUGGAACGCACGUGGCCGGCAUGGUAUACGCACGAGAGUUGCAGCAAGGGUUAUUCAGCACGGCCACGAUGCGCGAUAAGUUUCGGUCCGUCAGUCCGAUACGCCGAAAGCGGGAGCCAUUCGAGACGGAGCGGGAGUACCACCAGUUGCAGCGUUUCAGGCGAUUACAGCAGGUCGACAUUGCCGCCCGGUUGAGGGAGAUGAUAGGACCAGACGCCGCGUUCCGUGGCCAGCAAGAGACGGUGAUCCGGGCCAUCAUGCGGGGAGAGAGCCCGAUUGUGCAGAUCGCAGGCACGGGAGAAGGCAAGAGCAUGUCGUUCAUGUUACCGGCGUAUUGUUCCAGCGACGACGGAGGGACAACCAUCGUCAUCGUGCCGUUGGUAGCAUUGCGAGAUGAUUUGCACGGCCGUUGUGCCAAGAGCCGGAUCGCGACAUACGUUUGGAACAGUCGCGGCGGGCACCAGAUCACCCCAUCGUGUUCGUCACGCCCGAGUCGGCAGUGA